UUCUGGUGAAGAGACUAUGAGAGACUUCCUGUGGGUGAGGUUGUUUCUUAACUUAAACCUGAAUUCCUCCAGAACACUCCAACACUGCAGUUCAACUAUUUGGUUAAAGCUGUUACACACAUUUUCAUAUGAAAUAUUGGUGAGAAGGCCCAUGGAUUAUAAAUUGCUGAUUCCUUUUCAUGCAGCAGUUUCGAUCUUUCUAUUUACACAAAGUAGAAUAAUUUCUCAUAAACAGAGGAGCUAAUUAUCAGUGUUGGAUGUGAAGAUGGGACACACUUUGCUCUGUCUACUGGGGUUUUUCUUGCUGAAUUUACUUUACCGUGGACAAGCUCAAGAUGCUGUGCUGACCAUUGAGCCAAACUGGACCACUGUUUUUACUGGAGAGUCUGUGACCUUCAAGUGUGACUUUACAGGAGACAAAGACAGCGGCUGGUUUUACACAAUCCACAACCAGCAUGGAGAAGUUUUCUCUCAAAGCAAUCAAACGUUCAGAACAUUACAUUCUCUAGCUAAAAUCUACAGUGGUGAAUACCAGUGCUUGUUUCAGAACGGGGGAUCAACAAAAAACAGCAAUAAAAUCUAUCUAACUGUAUCAGCAGAAAGACCUAAGCCUGUCCUCACUGUGUCUCCAUCAUGGCCGAGUCCUGGAGCCUCAGUAACUCUGAACUGCAGUGUUGAUCAUCCUUCUGCUGGCUGGAGCUUCUACUGGUAUAAGGCUGUUCCCCAAAAGUCAGACAACUCCUACAGCUAUGAGCUGCUACCUGGCAGCGAGAAAGGGACUGAACAGGAUCUCUUCAUCAUUGAUGGACAAACACACACAGCAGGAUAUGUGUGCAGAGCAGGAAGAGGAGAUCCAGUGUUUUACAGUUCGUACAGCAAACCUAAGUUUGUCUGGUCUGGAGAUAUUAACUCAGUGUCUCUCACAGUGAGUCCUGACAGUGUGCAGCACUUCACCAACACGUCUGUGUCACUGAGCUGUGAGGGAAACUCCACUGAGUGGAGAGUGAUGAGGUUUUCAAAAUCUGACAACCGCUAUCCCUGUUCUCUCUGGGGGACAAUGACUGGAUCCACAUGCACAAUAACCAGAAGCUGGGUUAGUGGAGUGUUCUGGUGUGAGUCUGAAACUGGACAGUUCAGUAAUGCAGUCAACAUCACUAUUGAGUUAUUAUAUGAUGGAUAUUAUCCUGGUGAGUCCUGUCCGUCCUGUGGCUGAGGGACUUCCUGUCACUCUUAGCUGCAAGUUAAAUAAUGAAACUGUUCUUUAUGAUGUGGAUUUCUAUAAAAAUGACAAACUCAUCCAGAA